AUGCCUUCAUCUUUACCGCCACCAUAUACCCCAUUACCUGACCCCCCGCAAUCCAAUCAGCUACCCAUUUAUUAUAACCAACAGCAGCAACCAUAUCCAACUCAACCCUCAUAUCUGACACCGCCACUAGCAACUGCAAAUAAUCCAUCAAAUAUAAUUAAUGUCUCUUCAACAUUUACAAAUUAUCCGGUCGUUUACAUAAAUCAAAUUCCAAGUGGUCAUCCUUGUCCAGUUUGUGGAAGAAUUACGAUUCCCGUAACAUUUUACUACCUGGGUACAGCAUCUUGGAUUGGUGGUGCCUUAUUGUGUUGCGUUUUUUGGCCAUUGUUUUGGUUACCUUGUGUAUUGAAUUCUUGUAUGGACGAGAUUGACAAAUGUCCUCAAUGUGGUAGUAGACUACAAGAAAGAAAAAAACCGUGGGUCUGUUAUGCUGUUCUCUUGGUUGUAUUCCCCAAAUAUACAAUAAUAGACUUGAUUUCACAACUACAACCAUCACAACAAUGA